UUGAAUUCUUCAACUCACCUAUACCAAAUGAGAGUCCUCACGCUUCACCACAAGACCCCCACCCAUGAGCUCAGCAGAGACGGCAGAGGGCACCCCACACUCCUCGCCUCCGCCGGCGACAUCCCCUCGCCGGCCGAAGCUAACUCUCCUACCCCUCAUUGCCCUCAUAUUCUUCGACGUCUCCGGCGGUCCCUUCGGCGUCGAAGACUCUGUCGGCUCCGGCGGCGGCCCUCUCCUUUCCCUCCUCGGCUUCCUCAUCUUCCCCCUUCUCUGGUCUCUCCCCGAAGCCCUAAUCACCGCCGAGCUCUCCGCCCUCUUCCCUUCCAAUGGCGGCUACGUCGUCUGGAUCUCCUCUGCCUUCAGUCCUUUUUGGGGCUUCCAACAGGGAAUCUGGAAGUUCGUCUCCGGCGCCAUGGACAACGCUCUAUAUCCCGUUCUCUUCCUCGAUUACCUCAAACGCUCCCUUCCCUUCUUCUCUGAUUCUUCCCCUGGUCGCCCCCUCGCCCUGUUCACCCUCACCGCCGCACUCACCUUCCUCAACUACCGCGGGCUACACAUUGUUGGCUUCUCCGCAAUCGCACUCACGUUUUUCUCACUUUCCCCUUUCAUCGUCCUCUCCGUACUCGCGAUCCCUCGGAUCCGACCUUACCGAUGGCUAUCGGCCGACAUACGCGGAGCCGAUUGGCGGGGGUACUUCAACAGCAUGUUCUGGAACUUGAAUUAUUGGGAUAAAGCUAGCGCUCUUGCCGGAGAGGUGGAGGAACCGAGUCGGACGUUUCCGAGGGCGAUAUUUGGGGCUGUGGGGCUGGUGAUGGCGUCGUACUUGAUUCCGCUGCUUGCAGGCACUGGGGCGAUUGAUGGAUCUAAGAGUGGGGAGUGGAGUGAUGGGUACUUUGCGCAGGUGGGGUUGGAGAUUGGAGGGGAAUGGUUAAGAUGGUGGAUACAGGCGGCGGCGGCUAUGUCGAAUAUGGGUUUGUUUGAGGCGGAGAUGAGCAGUGACUCGUUCCAGUUGUUAGGGAUGAGCGAGAUGGGAAUGAUUCCUGAAAUUUUCUCCAAAAGAUCAAAAUAUGGGACUCCAACGGUCAGCAUCCUAUGCUCUGCAACUGGCGUUCUGCUGCUCUCUUGGAUGAGCUUCCAACAGAUACUCGAAUUCCUCAAUUUCUUAUACGCUUUAGGAAUGCUUCUGGAGUUCGCAGCUUUCAUUAAACUCAGAGUAAGUAAACCCCAUCUGCACAGACCAUAUAAGGUUCCCGUCGGCACGUUCUGGGCGACUGUCAUGUGCUUCCCUCCGGCUUUCCUGCUGCUUCUCGUUAUGUGUCUGGCUUCUUUCAGAACUUUUGCUGUAAGUGGAGCUGUAUUUCUUCUAGGAAUUAUUUUGCAUCCAAUCAUGCAGUUUUUGAAAGAUAAAAAGUGGGUCAAAUUUGUUAUUUUGCCGCCGGAGAAUUUAGGGAAUUGCAAUGCAGACCUUCCUGUAUUAGAUGGUGAUAUUGCUGAUGAAUCUUCUGUGAGUCUGUUGUAGUUUACAGGAUUUAGUUUUUUUUGUAAAAUAGAUUCUCAGAAGCGUUGUUGAAAGAAACUGUAUCUAUUAGAAUUCUGAUCGAUCCAUUUCAGGAUGCCACUAAAUGGGAUUUUUGUGUCAUUAUGAAUUUGU